ACUCCACUCCCUCCGCGACGGUAACAUCCACACCAGCCCACACACGGGUGAUCAAAUCAGCCUCGUCGUAUUUCUCAGCCAUCGUACGGUCAUCGUACCAGCAUGGCGCAGAGAGGUGCUCUGAAGACAGUCUGGCGUGCUCGCCCUGCCCACCUUCCACGCUCACCUCAUACCAACUCACUCACGGGUUGCUCCGCCGAGCUCUCACAUUCACGGACCGCGGCAGAAGCAUUCGCUUGUGGCAGUCAGCUGCGGCCCGCUCGGACUCACUCAUCAGAGACCUUACGCUAUGCUUCAAUUCAGAAAUUCUUUACUCUGGAGGCGUCAAGAUCAGUCAGAGCGAGUGGCUUGAUCAGAAGCAGCGCAUAUGCUCCAGUUUGGCAACAGCGGGCCACCUUCUCACUUUCUGCUCGACUCUGUGACCAACGCAAAGAUCAUGAUCGCGGGUUGCGUAAUGGCGAGCAGAGCACCUCGCCUAAUGACCCAGAGGGCAGCACCGACACCGACCGAUCGACGGAGUCCUUUCGGGACCCGCGGUCUGCAUUCGCAAACUACCCACGGUCACUCAGAGAUCUUGCCCUCCGAGCUCGCUCUUCAGCUUCUGCCUCACUCAAUGAAGACGCCUCAGAGUCCUCGUCCAAUCGUCAUGAUCAGUCGUCCCUUGGCCAGCAAUUGGGCUCACACAGCUAUCGUCGGCCGAGCAAGGAAGAUCUCUUGCGGUAUGCUCGUGGCUUCUGGACUAGGCUCAGGAUUCGCUUCAAGUGGUUCACUAUUCGUGGGUUUAGGAGAUUCAAUGCAGACGAUUUCUCGGCCUUCUUUACCCUAGGCGGGUUGGGGACCCUCGUUCUCAUCGUCAUCGGAACAACGACGGCGUUUAGCGUGGUGCUGUGGGGUCUUGAUAUGCUCAACAUGCAGCACUGGAUUGCUCGAAAGAUUGCAGACCAUCUGACUGCCCAGACUGGCGUCACCGUCGUCUUCGAAUCAGCGAUCGUGCCCAAGUGGAAAGACUCUCGCAUCUGCUUUCAGAACGUGUUCAUCACCCGGAGAGCCAAUGCAAAGGAUCCAGAGUCUCUGCGGUUAGAACGGGAGAAGAAAAAGCGCCUACGUCUGAAGCAGGAGAGGGACAGCAGGCGAAAGCGGAGAGGAACAGCAUCGACUGCAGGUCAAGGGAUGGCCUGGGAGGGAGUAAGUAUGGAUGACCACCACUCGGACAAUGAAGGUGUAGCGCCGCCUCUGAGCUCAAGCGCGACCGGCGAGGACCUCAGUGACGAGGAGAGGACCUUGGUGGAGACGAACUUCACGAUGUUUGAUCUCAACUUCGAUUCGAUCGAUGUCACGCUGAGCAUCAGCAGGUGGUUCGACGGCAAGGGCCUCAUCGAGGACGCGGUCGUAAAGGGCGUGCGAGGUAUCAUUGACCGUCGAAAUGUCUACUGGGACCCAGAUCGUGUCUAUGAUCCUCGAGCCGCCCGACGGACCAGCAGACCCGGCGAUUUUGAGCUCGAGUCGUUAGAAGUGCAAGAUCUACUCGUGACCAUCUACCAGCCAUAUCAAUUCCGCCCUUUCAACUUGUCCAUCUUCAAUGCCGCCGUGCCGAAGCUGCGAAAGCAGUGGCUCUUCUACGAUUUGCUCAGCGCAGAGAGCAUCACAGGUCAAGUGGACGGAUGCUUGUUCAGCCUGCACAAGCCUCAAAGCAUCGGUCGGACGACGGAGAAGGAGCGAGAGCUCAGCAGAGAGGGUGGUCGAUGGCGGACCAUCUCACGACUUCGAGUCGAUGGAGUAAACGUCGACCACAUUCAGAAUCAGUCAAAUCUGGGUGGACCACUAUCUUGGAUCAUGUCCGGACGGUUCGACGUUGUGGCUGAUAUCCGCUUCCCACGGGACUCGGCUGCAGAUGUGGACAUUAACACGAUCAUCGCCGAGAUUGUCGACAAUCUCGCCAAUGCGGUUGCUGGCAACGCUCCCUCCUCUGCGCAGCCCGAUAGCAGUAGCAGAGCCGAGGAUCACAACGAGCCGAUUCCGGGUCAGCAUAAACUGAACGAACCCGCCAUUCAGGCUCCCUUGACGGCCGUUGGACCAGCGGCAGAGAAGGCCUGGAGAGAGUCUAAGAAGGCCACUGGGCUGACGGAUGGAGUUCUGGUCGAUGCUGAGAGAGAGGCAGAGCAAGCCAGGGCGAUCCGCAGGCAAAGGAGGCGCGAGCGUCUCAGGGCACUUUUUGGCAUCGAUUCAGAUGCGCCGAUUCUGAACAUCGAGGAUGGAGAGCGCAACGAAGAGGAAUCGGCCGCGUCCGGCGAGAAGGACGAGGAGGAAGCCAGGAAACCGCCUGCACCAGUCGCGCCGGUGACGCCGGCUCCCCUGUCCGUGGUCAUCGACUUGGAUGUGCGAUUCAAGGACAUCAAGGCUGCGGUGCCCCUCUUUGAUUCGGAGCUGACGUACAGCAAGCAGGCCUUUGUGAGGCCCAUUGUAGCCUUUAUGAAUGCAAAUAGGACGCUCAUCCCAGUGCACUGUCGAGUCGUAAUGGACCUCUCAGAAUUCGAUGGGUCCAUGGACCUAACUCAAACCGGUCUCCUACCCCUCAUCAGCGAAAAGCUCCACGAAGCCCUAGCACACCACGUCACUUCCUCCAAUGCCAACUCCCAGCGGUUGCGGAGUGUGAGUAUCUGGAGCUUGCAGCAGACGUUGCAGGCUGUACUUGGAUUGGCGACACAGUUGAGGGAUAGUAUGAGUGGAGUCAAGACGGCUAGAGCGGUGGGCGUGGCGGCGAGGGCGGUUGAAGUGGGAGGAGGCUAUAGGGGUACGGAUACGGAUGCUGGUACUGAUGGCAGUGGUGCUGGUGCUGGUGCUGGUGCUGGUGCUGGAAGUGGAGGUGGGACGGGAGAGCUGAGCGUAGAGGGCGGAGCAGAGGCAGAGGAUGAGGACGAGGACGAUGAUGAGGCGAUUGAGGACUGAAGGUCUUGAAGCUCGGCGGCGUAAGGGGAGCCUCCUCCUCUAUGCUGGCUAGCGCCCUCCUCUCACGGUAGACAUGCAGGACGCAACGACACGACACGACGACGACGACGACGAAGAAGACGAGAAAAGGUGACUCUUUGCUUGCUUCUUGUUAGAGAGAAAAAAAGGAGAAAGCAGAAAGCAAAAGCAAAAAGGAAAAAAGGAAGGAAGGAUGAUGAUGAUACCUGUACACUACCACUACCACUACCACUACCACUGCCGUACCACUACUACCACCAUUGAUACUACCACUACCACUGGCAUCGCCAUCACCACUACCACUACCACGUUUCAAUCGCAUUACCUGUAUCUGUACAAUUACAUAACUCGUCGUCAUCAUCACACGCU